CAUUUCCGAAACAUUUCGCGCAGACACCCCCCCAUGCAGAGCCUCAAGUGGUAUCGCCCAUAGGCGCCCACCCUUCCUUCACAGACCCGCUGCGGACGAGACCACUUGGUUUACGGCGGCGCUGCAUCCUCCGCGCAUCCCUCCCUCCUCCUCUCCAGACUGGAUACAUAAUUCAUUCCUCGCUUCCCUCUCUAGAGCUGUUUUUGCUGUGCGGUCAACAUGCAUGGUCGGUUGAAGGUAAAGACAACCGAGGAGCAGGCUGAAGCCAAGCGUCUGGAACGGGAGAAGAAGCUGCACCAAUAUGUGACUGCCACCAAAGCCAUCUUUGAGAAGAGGAAACUGGGUCAACUGGACAAGGAAGCCUUGGAUCUAAGCAGCCAGGUCUUGGCCGCCAAUCCCGAUUUUGCCACCCUCUGGAACUUCCGGCGAGAGAUAUUCCUUCACUUUCAGGAAGAAUCCCCAGAAGAGAUGCAAACCCUGUGUAAGGCAGAACUCUCCUUUCUGGAGUCUUGCCUGCGUGUGAACCCCAAAUCCUAUGGGACGUGGCAUCAUCGCUGCUGGGUGAUGGAGCACACCCCAGAGCCGGACUGGGACCGUGAGCUGGAGCUGUGUGGCAAGUUCCUGGAGGUUGAUGAACGCAACUUUCACUGUUGGGACUACCGGCGCUUUGUGGUGCAGCAUUCAGAGGUGCCUCCGCAGGACGAACUGGCCUUUAGCGACAGCCUCAUCACCCGCAAUUUCUCAAACUACUCCUCUUGGCAUUACCGCAGCCGCCUCCUUCCACAGCUUUACCCUGACUCCCAGCAGCAGGGCCGGAUCACAGAGGAAAUCUUACUGAAAGAACUAGAAUUGGUGCAGAAUGCCUUCUUCACUGACCCGAAUGACCAGAGUGCGUGGUUCUAUCACCGCUGGCUCCUGGGUAGAGCUGACCCUGAACCUACAAUUCGCUGUGUUUACGUGAACCGAGAAGACGCUUCGUUGGCCGUUGCCUUCUCCCAUCCAGUGGCAAUUGUUCCAGCAUCUCAUGACUUAAUCAUCUUUGGGGACGAGUCGCCCUUGGUGGUGCGUUGGCGCACGCCCAACGGAAGGAACAGGCCGGGAUUUAUGUGGCUGUGUGACUUGCCGGCUUCGGCCCUCAAUGACCACUGGCCGCAGCACACCUUCCGAGUCCUGUGGGCCGAGGGCCAGUCCCAGAAAGAAUGUGUCCUUUUCAAGGGACACAGGGAUUGCUGGAGCCAGGAUUCAGUCACAGAGGAACAAAUCUUCAGGUGCGAGCUGUCCACUGAGAAAUCAACCGUGCUUCAGUCCGAACUGGAAUCCUGCAAAGAACUGCAGGCCCUGGAGCCAGAGAACAAAUGGUGCCUCUUGACCAUCAUUCUCCUCAUGAGAGCCUUAGACCCCUUGGUUUACGAACACGAGACCCUCAGCUACUUUACAACCCUAAAGGCCGCUGACCCCAUGCGUUCAGCCUACCUGGACGAUCUGCGCAGCAAGUUUCUGAUUGAGAACAGCAUCCUCAAGAUGGAAUACGCGGAGUCUCGGGUCGUGGAUUUGUCACAGAGGGGCCUCACCAUGCUCUGCCACCUGGAGCAUCUCUUGCUGGUCACGCACAUGAACCUCUCGGACAACCUCCUCUGCACUUUGCCCCCCACGUUGGCCAUGAUGCGCUGCCUUGAGGUUUUGGAAGCCGAUGACAACCGGAUUGAGACCUUAGAAGGGCUGCCUCCUCUUCCUCGGCUGGAAGAGCUCUCCCUUUGUAACAACCGCCUUCGGCGACCCACCGAUCUCCAACCCCUGGCCUCUUUCCCCAAACUUGCCCACCUCAACAUUCAAGGCAACCCUCUGUGCCGAAUCCCCGGCAUCCAAUCGGAACUUGUUGCACUGCUGCCAAAUGUGGCCACCAUCCUGACCUGAUGGGCCGGUGGGCACACACUCGCUGUGUCAAACCCUGCCUCUCCCCACCUCCCAUUUCCCUGAUACCUUUAAUUUAUUGGCAUGAGGAAAUUAAAGAAGAGAAUUAACUGGUA